AUGACCGUUGUCAUCAAGUUUCCAGGUUUCAUUGAAGGUUCCCAAGAGUAUUCACAAGCAUUGCUUGUCUUCACCAAAAAACAAAACCGUGAAGCUUUUAUGUUUCCAACUAGUGAUGAUGCAGAGAUGGAGUUUCUUAAGAUGGAUAGUGAUGAUUCUAAUUCGUCUGACGAUAAUGAGGAAUGUUGGGUGGAAGAGGAUAGAGAAUUCGAAAUGUUAUGUGGGCAUUUCCAUACAAUUUUGACAGUCGUGCUUAAGAUGAGUGCUGACAUCAUCAGGCCAGCUGUGAACUAUAAUGAUGAAGUUCCCGAAUAUAUAUUAAACAAUCCUCGAUAUUAUCCAAUGUUCAAGGAUUGCAUUGGCGCUAUAGAUGGGACACACGUUAGGGCAUUGGUUCGACAACAUGAGGAAGCAAAAUACAUUGGUCGAAAGGGAUAUGCUACACAAAAUAUAAUGGAUGUUUGUGAUUUUAACAUGUGUUUCACAUUCGUGUGGGUCGGAUGGGAGGGGACUGCACAUGACACAAGAAUUUUUAAUGAAGCCUUACAGAGAUGGGAUCUUCAUUUUCCGUUUCCAACGGGUGGUUAG